AUGAGUGAACCGAAGGAAAAUUUUAGUAAUGUGGAUCAAUGCAACAGAGGUAUGCAGUUUUUAUCACUAAGUGGGGAGGGCAGUUCCCACCCGACCAGUAGUACCCAUCCACAUGAAGAAGCCAUUGAAGACUAUGAUGAUAACGAGAUUUACGACAAACUUACUGAUUUGAAUAGAAAGUCCAAGAAGGACGGUUUUUUUGACUACAGUAUGAUUCAUGAAGAUGAAGAAGAUGCUGCUGAUGAAAAAUCGAUCAACCCACAUUUCUCCUAUAGUGAAGAACAAAUGCUAAAAGAUACAGAUGCAAAAAUCAGAGCUUUCUCCAACUUGGCAUCUUCUCCCAGAAACUCGAGAUCAUCCUCUGCAAGUUCCAGUGUUCAUCCUGCAAGAAGACCAUCUAUGGCUGACUUUGUUGUGCCCCCAAUCCCGACAGUUUUCAAUGCAACAACUCCAAAGAUUUCAAGAAGUAAUUCGAGGUUCUCCUAUAACCCAACAACACAUGAAAUGUCUCCAAAUAUUUCUAACGCAGCUCCCCCGGGUGCAACGACACCUGUAUAUCAAAGGGAUCCAUUUGUAGCACAAAAGCAUCAACAAAUCAUUAACGAUAUUGCAAAGGAUCACAAAUUCAAGCUAGGUGAUUUUUUCAAUAAUGAUCACAACUCGACCAGUGAUAUUCCUUCGCUUGAACUAAUGGAACUUUACAAACAAAUCAAAUGGUGUGUUGAAACAAGGAAAAAAUAUAUUGAUGUCUCAUUGCAAAUUCCUGAUGAAAAUCCAAAGAAUAAGGAAGGCUGGAAAAUAUAUCCUAACCCCCCACCUCCCUUUUGGAAGGCCCAAAAUCGUCGUGCAUUGGACUCUAGCACAGGCUCAUAUCAUAUGGAUGAAGGGACUCGUAAUGUAGAUUCUCGUGAUUUUGAUUUUGAUAAAUGUGAAAUUCCAGGACCAGAUGAAGCCGUGGAUUUUAUGGUUGAUGAUGAGGACACCUACCAGAUUGUAGAUAGAAAGACAGGUGAAAAGUUGGUAAAUGUUCCCACUAUCAAAGACUAUUAUAUGGAUUUGGAAAAAAUCACCAACAUUGCAUCGGAUGGCCCAAUGAAAUCGUUUGCAUUCAAGAGAUUGCAGUAUCUUGAAGCAAGGUGGAAUUUGUAUUAUUUGUUGAACGAGCACGAAGAAACUGCAGAAUCCAAAAAAAAUCCACAUAGGGACUUCUACAACGUCAGAAAAGUUGAUGUCCAUGUUCAUCACUCGGCAUGUAUGAAUCAAAAACAUUUAUUGAGAUUCAUUAAGCAUAAAAUCAGGCAUUAUCCAAACGAAAAAGUUAUUAAAAGAGAUGGACAAGUUUUGACCUUACAGCAGGUUUUUGACUCUUUGAACCUUACUGCAUACGAUUUAAGUAUUGACACACUUGACAUGCAUGCACACAGAGAUACCUUCCAUCGGUUUGAUAAAUUUAACCUAAAAUACAACCCAAUGGGGGAAUCUAGAUUGAGGGAGAUUUUUUUGAAGACAGACAACUUUCUUCAAGGACGUUACCUGGCCGAAAUCACAAAGGAAGUUUUUGAUGAUCUGGAGUCUUCUAAAUACCAAAUGGCAGAGUACAGAAUCUCCAUUUAUGGCCGUAGCAUUGAUGAAUGGGACAAACUUGCGUCCUGGGUUAUUGACAACAAAUUAUUCUCGCAUAAUGUUAGAUGGUUAGUUCAGGUUCCUAGGUUAUACAAUAUUUACAAAAAGGGAGGACAAGUUCAAAGUUUUAGGGAAAUCGUUGAUAAUAUUUUUAAGCCUUUAUUUGAAGUAACAAGAAACCCACAAUCGCAUCCUAAAUUACACGUGUUUUUACAGAGAGUUAUUGGAUUUGAUUCUGUCGACGAUGAAUCUAAAAUUGAUAGGAGGUUCCACAAGAAGUUCCCAUUUCCAAGCAUCUGGAAUUCGGAGUACAAUCCACCAUACUCAUAUUACCUAUACUAUCUCUAUUCCAACAUAACAUCAUUAAACCAAUGGAGAAAGAGAAGGGGUUUCAAUACCUUCUCAUUGAGACCGCACUCCGGUGAAGCUGGUGAUCCAGAGCACUUAAUAUCAGCUUUCUUGACAUCAGAGAGUAUAAACCAUGGUAUCUUACUUCGUAAGGUUCCUUUCGUUCAGUACCUAUACUACCUUUGUCAAAUUGGUAUUGCAAUGUCCCCAUUGUCUAACAAUGCGUUGUUCUUAACUUACGAUAAAAAUCCAUUCCCCACCUACUUCAAACGUGGUUUGAACAUUGCUUUGUCUACUGAUGACCCUCUACAGUUCUCAUAUACCAGGGAGCCGCUUAUUGAAGAAUACUCAGUUGCUGCUCAAAUUUGGAAACUAUCAAAUGUUGACAUGUCUGAGUUAGCCAAAAAUUCCGUAUUAAUGAGUGGCUUCGAAUAUGAGCUUAAAAAACAUUGGGUCGGUCAUAACUUCUAUCUUGGUGGCGUUGAAGGUAAUGAUGUUGCCAAGACAAAUGUUCCUGAUCUCCGUGUUAGCUAUAGAACUACCACCUUAGAAACUGAGUUUGCUUUAAUCGAAUAUUAUACCAGUAUUGAUGGUAUCUGA